AUAGCAAAUUUUUAGAAAUUCUAUUGUUUAACUAUUGAUAUACCCAAACCUUUAUUAAAUAACAAUGAGCCUAAAGCUAUAAUAAAGCUUCAAAUGUUACUCAGGACAGGGUUACUAUCCAUGAGGGAUAUGGUCUGGGGCAGGGUUUGUCAGCUCAUCCCUACUGACUUUUGGGUCUAGAUAAUUCUUGUGGAGGCCGUUCUGUAAAUUGUAGGAGGUUAAGUAGCAUCUGUUAAGUAGCACUUCUGCGCACUAGAUGCCAUAGUACCCCCACCUCCUGUUGUGACAAUCAAAAAUGUCUCUAGACAUUGCCUCCCCCCACCCCCCACUGGUGGUUUGUGGUCUGCAAACUAUAGCCUGUGGGUCAUAUUUGGACACAAACUCACGUGUAUUGUCUAUGUGUAUUAUACAAUGGCGGGGUCGAGUAGUUACAGCAGUGACCAUAUGGCUCACAGAGUAGAAAACAUUUACUGUCUGGCUUUUAUGUAAAAUAUUUGCUGACUGUACAUGUAGUCUGUGUCCCCCAUGAGAGACAUCGUCUGGGUUAGGAAAGUAACUUGUAAACAGCUGAAAUUCAUUGGGAUGCUGUCCUGAUAGAUUUAGGUAUGUAUAGGGUGUUGUAGCUAUGAGGAGAGAGGGAAUAGCUAGUUAAUGCCCUGAGAAAUUGGGAAUAUUUCUCAAAGGAGAUGACAAAAAUUAGAUGUUGAAAGUCUGAGUAGACAAAAUGGGGAAGUUUCCGCAAGCAGAGGGCAUGGUAUAUACGAAGGCAAUGCUGUCUGUAUUCAGGGAAUGGAGGAAAGUGUCAUGUGCCUACUGCAUAUAAUUGAAGUAGCACUGGCAGGAAACUUCAGGAAUCAUGCCUGCAGUGAUAGAUGGGGACCAAAUUAUAAACGAGGCCACAUUCUAUGCUAAGGAAUUUAGACUUAUCUGUGUGCAAAUGGAAAGCCAUUAAUGUUUUUAGACGGGAGUGAUUAUCAAUUUGUGGUUUGAAAGAUUUUUCCGUAUGGUAUUCUUAUUUUACAUCCCUCAUUCUCUGUUGAAACCUGCCCUGCCAACUCAAAAUUGAUUUUAGCGCUGCUUUGUCACUUAGCACAUUCUUCUUGGUUAUGAGCAUCUAAAGUUUCUAAUUCCUGGUGCCUACCUAGCAUGUGGUAAAUACUCAAUGAACGCUUGUUGAAUGAAUGUAAAUAUUACUUAUAGCAUCUUCAGUUUUUUUCCACCUGCCCCCAUUGUUGUGUUGGUAAAUGUUUCACAACCAGCCACUGGGUAGUGUGGGAGGGAGAAAACCGUGAUUGUAGUGUUUGCUAAUUUCUGUGGUAUAAAAACACCCACCACAGCCAAUUUUAAAACUUCAGGCUACCAGCAAGCUGGUACAAAUGAGAUGUAGCACAUCACUGCACGUACCUAGCAAGUACCUAAUAAAAUGAGAAAAACUGAUACCUCGUGUUUUUAAGUCAAAAUAGAAAGGUUUUUAUUGUAAGUCUUAAAUUCUGUAGUUAUAAAGGAUGAUAUUUUCAUAUAUUCUAAGUAUUGACAUUUAAAAAUAACAUUCUCAAAUCACUCUCCUAAGUCAGGAAUGGAAGGGAAUUUCCCUAACCCGAUAAAGAGUAUCUAUAUCUGAAUUCUUUAAAAAUUUUUAAAAAUAGUUUUAAUUCUUUUUAGAUAUGGGGGCUCAGUCUGUUGCCCAGGCUAGAGCUGGAGUGCAGUGGCAUGGUCAUAGCUCAUUGCAGCCUCAGGGUCAGGGGCUCAAGGGAUCCUUCCGCCUCAGCCUCUUGAGUAGCCUGAUGAAGAGUAUCUAUAAAAGGCUGAAAGCAAGCAUCAUCUUAAAUUGGAAAAUGUUGAAAGCAUCCCUUUAAAAUGAAAAAAGUAGAAAAGUGUGCUGCUUAGAACCACUUGUAUUAAAGAUUGUAUUGAUGGUCUUAGCCAGUGAAGUAAAACAAGAAAAACAAAUUAGAGGUAUAAGGAUUGGAAGGAGGAAAUGAAUUCUUCAUAAAUGACAGAUGAGGUUGGGUGUGGUGGCUCAGGCUUAUAAUCCCAGCACUUUGGAAGGCUGAGCUGGGCGGAUUGCUUAAGCUCAGGAGCUUGAGACCAGCUUCGGGGCAACACAGUGAAACCCUGUCUCUAUGAAAAAUAUAAAAAUGUGAGACUGUCUCAGAAAAAGAAAAAAAGUACAGAUGAUAUUUUUAUGUAGGUAGACAAACCCAGAAUAAUUUACAGAUAAAUUAUUAGAAAUAAGGAAGAUGUUAACAGUGUAGCUGCAUAUUAAAACUAAGGUAUGAGGCCAGGAGCCGUGGCUCACGCCUGUAAUCCCAGCACAUUGGGGGGACCGAGGCAGGUAGAUCACUUAGGUCAGGAAUUUGAGACUAGCCUGGCCAACAUGGUGAAACCCUGUCACUACUAAAAAUGCCAAAAUUAGUCAAGCGUGGUGGUGGGCGCCUGUAUUCUCAGCUACUCAAGAGGCUGAGGCAGGAGAAUUGCUUGAACGCAGAAGGUGGAGAUUGCAGUGAGCCGAGAUCGCGCCAUUGCACUCCAGCUUGAGUGACAGAGGGAGACUGUGUCUCAAAAAUAAUAAUAAUAAUUAAACGUAUGUACAGAAGUUAGUGGCAUGCUUAAGUAUCAGCAGUGAAAAACUAGAGACUCUGUUUUCAAUCGUAUCAGAAAAAACAAAUAGAAAUAAAUCUAAUGAAAGACAUAUAAGAAUUCUAAGGGAAAUUAUAUAUUUUUAAAAAAGGAUGUUAGGAGGACCUAGAAAUAUAGAAAUAUACCAUACUUUUGUACAGAAAAACUUUGUAUCAGAAAAAUAUCAUUUCUCCCUAGUUGACGUAUAGACCAAUGAAAUUCAAAUCAAAUCUCAAUCAGGUUUACCAGGGAACUUAUUAGAUAAUUUUACAUUUUAUAUGGAAAGGAUGGAAAGGUAAAGGGCCAAAAAUAGCUAGGACAUUUCUAAAUACUAUCCGAGAGGGAGGAUUUUCUCUGUCAGAUAUCAGGACUUAUUAUGAAGUUAUAGUCAAAUUAACCAAUGGGUUGUAGCACUUGUGUUAUUCUGUGUGGGCUGCUAUAACAAAAUAUCAUAAGCUGGAUAGCUUACAAAAAAUAUAAAUUUAUUUCUUACAGUUCUGGAGGCUGGGAAGUCUAAGAUCAAGGUACUGGCAGAUUUAAUGUCUGUGGGGCCUACUUUCUGGUUCAUUGAUGGCACCUUCUAGCUUCUCCUCACAUGAUGGAAGGUCAAGAUAGCUCUCUGGGGUAUCUCUUGUAAGGGCACUAAGCUCAUUAAUGGAAGCUCUGCCCCCAUGAUUUCAUCACCCCUCAAAGGCCCUGCUUCAUGGUACCAUCACCUUGGGGGUUGGGUGUAAUACCAGAAUUUUGGGGGAACUUAGACAUUCAGACCAUGGCAUGGAGGGAAUAACCAGUGGGACAUAAUAUUGAAGUGAGAAGACUCCACCUAUGUUGUCCCACUGCUCCAUCCUGCCUCUUCUGGAUACAUUCCAGAGAGUGAGUGAGUCAGGAUCUGGUUUUUUGUUUUGAAAUAAUUUCUGACUUAGGAAAGUGUUGCAAGAAUAGCAUAGACAAUUCUCCUAUUCUUUUACCCGAAUUUCCCAUGUUACCAUUUUAUGACACUCGUUUUCUCAUCCUGUGUUAAUAUUAUUGCCUUUUUUUUUUCUGAAGUAUUAAGAGUUGAAGUAUUUACCCUUAAAUACUUCAGAGCAUGUGUCCUAAAAUCCAAGAUGUUCUGUUACAUAGCUACAGGGCAUUGGUCAUAGUCUUGAAAUUAACUGAUAAAAUUUAUAGACUGUAUUCAGAUUUCACCACUUCUAAUCUGGGAUCUUCUGUUGCAUUUUGUCAUACCGACUUGAUUCUCCUCUAAUCUGUAACACUUCCUCAGCCUGUGUUUGUCGUCUAUGACUUUGGCAUUUUAAAGAGUUCAGCUCAGUUACAUAUAUCAGAGAAUGUUGUCAGAUAUUUUUACUGAUGCAAUGUGUGGUGCAAAAUGAGGAGAGAAACAAGAAAAAGCUAUUGAUUGCUUAGCAGAAGCCAAGCAUUGACAGUAGUGAACCAACGUGUUUAGAGUGAUUGCUCUGCGAUUUUCAUUUUCAAAACCAGUGCUAAUACCAGUGAUAUAAGGAUGGUGAUGAUUUAAAUUUAUAGAGACAUAAAUUUAGAUAUUCCGCUCUUUUUCCUGACUAGAUAUGGAGGAAAUCGUUGAAUGAGGGAUUGAUGUCCGCCAUAUCUCCUUCCUUGCAUGGAAAGAGAAAGACUGCGAGAGAGGAUAGCUAACAGAAAGUUAUCUAUCAAAAACAGCACCUUCCAAAAAUCUUCUCCAGAAGAGAGGAAAGUAAUUUCUCAGGAGCUGGAAACAUGAUUGGAAAACAAAAGCAGUAGAUACUUAACACUUAUUACACGCCCAAACUGCCCUAGGAAAUGGGAUGAGGGACAGAAAGAACUGGGGAACCUUGAAUUGAGGAGUUAAGAGUUCCACCUUUAUUUGUUUAAAUCCAUGUCUGCAGAGGGAUUCAUUCAAGAUCACAGUUUUGACUUGAGGUUAAAACUUGGUCUUUGACCCACCUGAACUCUUCGAUUUAUUUACUUUGUGAGUACAAACAUGUUCUUUAGUGAUCAUAGGGAGUUAGAGAGUGGUCCUGUUUCAUCCUCUGUUUCCGAGUACUUUCUCACUGUCAUGGCUUGGAGCACUGAUUUCGAACGUAACACCCAUGUGGAGCAUACAUUAUGGGUGAUAUAUAUCUCCACGUUGUAGCACGUCAUGUCUGAAGAGCUGAAAACUUCACCUUGAAUUUUAAAACUAUACAUUUUUACAGAGGGCACUUGUUGGAGAGAAAGCAGAAGACUGAGUUUUAGAUUCAUUUACUUCUAACCUUGGUUGAUUCACUGUGCUCAGUUGUCCAGCUGAAAAAUGAGAAAAUAACUUUUAACUCCCUGAAGGCCAAAGAACCUGCCUCUGAUUUGCUCUGGGAUCUAAUAUUUUAUGAUAUGUUAAAAAUGGCAAAAUAAUUCCUGGGAAGGAAAGAAAAAUAGGAUAGGAAAAUUGGCAGUACAGUAAGAGGAACAAAUUGCUGAUGGAGAAUCAUUUUAAUAAACAUAACAUUUAGCCACGUUCACCUGAAUGUCAUUUUUCUCUUUUAGUUAACUCUGUAGGUCUGAGAAGGGCUGCUAUGUGAUUAGUAGAACGUAUAACAAAGGUGUUAAAUAUUAAUUCAGUAUCUGUUGCAACUUGGCUGUUAAAAAUCAUAUGAUAGGAGCACUGGUUAUACUUGCUUUGAAAUUACCUGUUCCAUGGCACUGGAUGUUGAGACCAUUGACUUUAUAGACUCUUAAGGGAAUUUCUAGUGUGCAUGUGAACUCAGACUUCUAUUCAUGGACUGGGAUGUCAGAAUGUAUAUGUGAGGAGGAGGACGAGGAAUAUAUAGGAUAUUUUUGAGGCACCAUAUCUUUUAUGCAAAUCUGGGAGCUUAGAGUUAGCAAGAUAGAUUUUAUUUUUAUCUACAUUUUAUUUUCUGUUUCAAAUAUAAGGUUUUUGGGAAAUUGGAAAAAAGUAUUAAGGCUUUUGACAGUGCAGGCUAUUUUGGUUGACUACUUAGCUUGCACAUAGCAUCUGUGAUGCACUGUGUGAGAAUUUAUAGCAGAGCACUUUAUUUUUCCUGUCAUGGCUUUUGUGAGGAAAGGUUUUCACUUAGUGAUUUACAGAAGAUUACCCACAUUUUGUUUUCUUUUGUUUUGUUUUGUUUUGUUAUAACUAGUUAAGGCUGUGCAAAGUAAUACAUUUUGGACUUUGAUGAUGGGGCUUUCACAUGUGCUGAAAUCACUUUGAAUCCAUCAUUUCUAGAAGAUACAGCCUAUCCUUUCGUUAUUUCUUAUUAACUGCUUCAGAGCCUUCAUGGAUAGCUAGGCAAAGCUUUCAUUUAUCUGAAGUUCAACUGUGUUCGUGCUCUUGCUUUCGGAAAGCAGAAAUGAGCUUCUGGUGAUGAAACCUGUUGGAUUUCUAGAGGAAGCAGCUGGAGUCUUUGGCUUGUUAAGUAGCAAUGAUUCAAGUCUUGCAGAUUGUAAAGGAGCUGGUGACACCAUCAAGGCAAAAAGCAGCCACAGUGAAGGAAGAUUCAGACCAGGAUGUAGCACUCAAACUUGCCCAGGAGCGAGCUGAAAUAGUUGCUAAAUAUGACAGAGGACGAGAAGGUGCAGAGAUUGAACCUUGGGAAGAUGCCGAUUACCUUGUGUACAAAGUCACAGAUAGAUUUGGCUUUUUACAUGAGGAGGAGCUCCCAGAUCAUAAUGCAGCCGUGGAACGGCAAAAGCACCUGGAAAUUGAAAGAACUACCAAAUGGCUGAAAAUGCUGAAAGGAUGGGAAAAAUACAAGAACACUGAAAAGUUUCAUAGGCGAAUUUACAAAGGAAUCCCACUCCAGCUCAGAGGUGAAGUCUGGGCUCUCCUUCUUGAAAUCCCUAAAAUGAAAGAAGAAACAAGAGACCUGUAUAGUAAAUUAAAACACAGAGCACGGGGCUGUUCACCUGACAUCAGACAAAUAGACCUGGAUGUCAACCGCACAUUUCGGGACCACAUUAUGUUUAGAGACAGAUACGGUGUUAAGCAACAGUCCUUAUUCCAUGUUCUUGCUGCAUAUUCUAUUUAUAAUACGGAAGUCGGGUAUUGUCAGGGGAUGAGCCAGAUCACAGCUUUACUCCUCAUGUACAUGAACGAGGAAGAUGCCUUCUGGGCCCUGGUCAAACUCUUCUCAGGCCCUAAACAUGCCAUGCAUGGCUUUUUUGUCCAAGGUUUUCCUAAACUCUUGAGGUUUCAAGAACAUCAUGAAAAAAUACUGAAUAAAUUUUUGUCCAAGCUUAAGCAACACUUGGAUUCUCAAGAAAUCUACACAAGUUUUUACACAAUGAAAUGGUUUUUUCAGUGUUUCCUUGAUCGUACUCCCUUUACACUAAACCUCAGAAUAUGGGAUAUCUACAUCUUUGAAGGAGAACGAGUUCUUACUGCUAUGUCUUACACAAUCUUAAAAUUACACAAAAAACAUCUAAUGAAAUUGUCCAUGGAAGAACUUGUAGAAUUUCUUCAGGAGACCUUGGCAAAGGAUUUUUUCUUUGAAGAUGAUUUUGUUAUAGAACAACUUCAGAUUUCUAUGGCAGAAUUAAAGCGGGCAAAGUUAGACCUUCCAGAACCUGGUAAAGAGGAUGAAUAUCCAAAGAAGCCCUUGGGCCAGCUUCCGCCUGAGCUGCAGUCUGGGAGUGUCCAUCACCUGAGCAACGGACAGAGGAGCGUGGGCCGGCCGAGCCCGCAGACCAGCAGCAGGAGGGAGAGCGGGGCGCCCCACAAGAGGCACGAGCACUCGCCGCACCCCCAGAGCAGGACCGGGACGCCGGAGAGAGCAUGGCCGCCAAGACGGAAAUCGGUGGAGGAGGAGAGCAAAAAGCUUAAAGAUGAGGCAGAUUUUCAAAGAAAACUCCCAUCAGGUCCACUGGACAGUUGCAGGCAAUAUAAUCACGCAGCUGCCAACCAAAAUAGCAACGCCACUUCAAACAUCAGGAAGGAAUUUGUGCCCAAAUGGAAUAAACCGUCAGACAUCUCAGCUACGGAGAGAACUGCAAAAUAUGCCGUGGAAGGCAAAGGUCGAGCCGCGCACCCCACGCUUGCGGUUACCGCCCCAGGCCCUGCCGAGGUGCGGGUGUCAAAUGCGCGGCCAAAGAUGAAGGCUCUGGAUGUGGAGGACGGGAAGCGGGGCUCCACCGCGUCACAGUACGACAAUGUGCCAGGCCCGGAGCCGGACAGCAGCGCUUCCGUGGAGGAGGCGCUGGAAAGGGCUUACUCUCAGAGCCCACGGCAUGCGGCUUACCCUCCCAGUCCGAGAAAGCACGCUGAGCCAAGCUCUAGUCCAUCAAAAGUGUCCAACAAGUUUACUUUUAAAGUACAGCCUCCGAGUCAUGCACGAUAUCCGUCCCAGCUGGAUGGAGAAGCCCGAGGGCCAACUCAUCCCCCCUCUUAUAGCAGUCCCCCCGUUUACCACGGAAACUCUCCGAAACACUUCCCUCCUGCCAGCAGCAGCUUUGCUUCUCCACAGUUUAGCCCUGGGACGCAACUGAAUCCUUCCAGGAGACCUCACGGUUCUACCCUUUCCAUCAGUGCUACUCCAGAGAAGUCUUACAGCCGUCCAAGCCCCCUUGUACUGCCAUCUAGUCGAAUAGAAGUCCUCCCUGUUGAUGCUGGUGCUGGGGGGUUUUCGGGCAAUUCAGGGUCACCAAAGAAUGGAAGAGUUAUCAUUCCGCCAGUGGAUUAUUUGCCAGACAACAGAACAUGGUCAGAAGUUAGUUAUACAUACAGACCUGAAAUGCAUGCACAAUCAUGGACCCGAGAUGCUAGCCGCGGCAAUUUACCAAACUACGCAGCCUUUCAACACGCACCCUUUCAGGACCGUGGCCUCCCAGCCAUCUCUGUAGGUAGUCCCGUGCGGUAUAAAGCUUCACCGGCCGCAGAAGAUGCCAGUCCAUCUGGGUAUCUGUAUUCAGGGCCCCAGCCUCCAGCCUACCACUACAGGAAUCGGGAAGGGCUUUCCAUGCAAGAAUCAGUGUUGCUGUGAGAGUUGAAGUGUACUGACCUGCUAAAGAGAAGAGAAGGAAACCACAUGAAACCUACGUUGCUAUGUUCAUAAUUGCCAAAGCAGUAUUUUAUACUAUUGUAAGCAACUCGCACAUCUCUAGUAUCUGUUAGGAGGAGGAAUACAGGGAAAUGUCUUCAUCACCACUCAGACGCUGCUUAAGAUGAGCAUUUAAAUUGCAUCAUCACUGACCUGUUAGAAUUUAACCCGGAAACAUAGCAAUAGCAUUUAGGGAUGCACGCGCAAUGGUAAUUUAUUACUCAGUUCCGUUUAUGUCUUUCUCCAGAACCUGAACAUUUUUACUCUGUUGGCUCAUUCUGUUUUGACUAAUGUUACAAAUUACCGAAAAAACUGUAGAAUAGAUAUUUUUAACGCUAUAUGUAGUGUAUGUGUCUUUUAAUAGAGGCAUCUAUGCAUACACGUUUGAACACAGAAUUAAAUGUUUUUAAAAAACUACUUUUAAUCCAGAUCCAUGGAAUAAUAUGUAAUUCUUUUUUUUAGUCCAGUUUUUCUUUUCCCUCUCAUAUUUUAACUGAAGAGUUUGUCCUGACUUUAUUAAUUGCAUUCUCACCGAAUGCUCGUCAUUCUCCUUCAGCUGCUGCCAUUUUCUUUCAAUCUGAAAAUUAAAGACAUUGGGGAGAAAGGCUAACCACUUAAUGGUGCUUAAAAAUCGGGGCAGUUAAAAUAAGUUUACUGCCAAAGGUGCAGCAGUGCUUACAUCCACUAAUAAGAGAUCGGUCUUAGUGCAUUGAUGCCCUUUGUUCUGGUCUGACUUGCAAACCUCAGAGCAGGGGAAGCUGCUGCUUACUGAUCCCUCAGUGCUCACAGUACUCAUGUGGGCAGCAGAACUGCCUGGGUCAGCAGUGUGGUUACUCCUCACUUCUGCCCAGACUCAUGGAGCUUCUCCCCAUGGAGGGCCCAGGGUGGGCACUUACACCGUCUAUUUCUGGCCUAUUUAUGGAAUGUAGUCAGUGGAUAUUGCUGCACCUCAUCAGGCCAUUACAUUAUCCAUGUUCAUAUUGUAAAAACUAUCCUAGUUCUUCAUGGGAGUCUAGGAUUUUGAUCUUUUUUAAAAAUAUAGUGUGAUUUCAUGCUGUUGAAAAUCUUUUUUCUUUUUCAUUGAAACAAAUUCAAGUUCCUGAUUUUUAAAAAAAAUUAGUGAUGUCUUUAAAAAAUACUCUGUUGCACUACAGUUCCAAAACAUUGAUAAAGUUUUGGGCACUCCAAGGGAGUGUGACUUCGUGUUAACUGGGGAGCCUGCUUUCAACGUUGCUUAUAUUUGAGUAGUAAAAACCUAACACUGAUGGUUCUUCCUGUUGCAAGGUGGGGCUUUAAGCUUUCAAGGUACAAAAAGUAUGUCUUUUAAAAUGAAAGUAACAUUUGUUUAGCUAGUAAAUGUGACUAUUUUUUAUGUAUAUAAUGAGUAAUAUAAUUUUAAUCAACUUGGUAAUAUUAUUAAAUAGCAAAAAAAUGCAGUGUAUUAAAGCUAAACACAACAUUGAAACACAAAAUUCUGAUGAAAUUCGGGCUCUUGAUUCAGAUCAGGUGGAAGCUGAGAAAUAAAUGUAUAUAAGUGUGUAGCUGAGGAUAUUAAUUCCCAUUUUAAAACCAUGAUUUUGUGACUUUAAUAAACCAAGCUGUACAAUUUAGUUUAUGAUAGCAGUAUGUGAGCUGCUCCAAAAUAUAUAUAUCAACAGUGGUAAAUACUGUAGAUUUAUAUAUAUAUAUAUAUAUAUAUAUAUGCAAAAAUAUAUAUAUACACACAAGCACUAUUUUCUUAAUGUCAUUUAUGACUUUUUUUAAUCUGUAUACUUUUUUUGACGUGAUUGUUUUUUAACAUGCUAAAAGUAAUAAGUAUAUUUUGUUUUGUGUC